AUACUCAUUUUUCAGCGCACGUCCUUCGCCUGUCGCUCGUCCGUUGCAGCGGAUAUAACGCGAAAAAAAAAUAUCGGCUUCCUUUUUGCGAAUCAUAUUAGCGGAUAUUUCAACAGACAUUUGAAGAAACGCAUUUUAUAUCUGUGUGUGCCUAGAAACUGCCGCUGAGGACCCUUCCCCUCCCCUCUUUCCUUAAAUCGUGCCCCGUAGCAACGGUGCGUCCACCGUUUCCAAAUGAAGAGGGGCUGGAAUCAGAUGAUGAUGAUGAUGAUGGAUGCACGACCCAGCACAAGUGGCAGAUGCUGUUUGUUGGGGAGCGUGGGGGGCUCUCUACCGAGGUGGCAGCAAUGGCGGAGCCAACAGAUGCAGUGUUCAUCGUGCUCUCCUUCCACGUAGAGGAACAAUGCUUAAAUCGAUGACAGGGGGAGUCUUUUAAACUACCAACAAUACCAUGAACGUCACUCUUUUGCCAUCAUACCUGGUAGAUAUGCCAAGGCAGCAGAACUUCAAUGGCACCCAUGGCACACACACACAUUCAGGUUGGGCAGUGAUCCACACUGCUACGCUGAGCUUUUGCUCCAUGCUCCUCAUUUCCAUCUUCUUCCUGGGCUCUUACGGGAACCUUGUAGUGUUUUUGUCUUUUUUCGAUCCGGCUUUUCGCAAGUUCCGCACCAACUUCGACUUCAUGAUCCUCAACCUCUCCUUUUGCGACCUGUUCAUCUGUUGUGUGACGGCUCCCAUGUUUGCGCUGGUGCUCUUCCUGGACGCAGGAGGUGGCGAUGGCGUGUCCAAAAGUUUCUGCUUCGCGUUCCACAUCACCAGCUCGGGUUUCAUCAUCAUGUCCCUGGAGACGGUGGCGGUCAUCGCGCUGCACAGGCUUCGAAUGGUUUUGGGGCAGCAGCCGAACCGCACCGCCUCCUUCCCCUGUACGCUGGCCCUCACGGCCCUGCUGUGGACGUCCAGCUUCACCUUGGCUGCGCUCCUUACCAUGCGAGCAUACCCACGCAGGGAUGGACCCUGCUUGCCCCAUUUUGGCCUGGGAAGUGGGCAGGCCAGAGUCGUGUUGUAUGUGUACCUGGCAGACUUUGCCUUUUGUGUUGCAGUGGUGUCUGUGUCCUAUCUGAUGAUCGCUCAGACACUGAGGAAGAACGCACAAGUGAGGAAAUGCCCCAUUAUCGCUGUAGAUGCCAAAUGCCCGCCACCCCCGCCCCCUCUUGUUGCAGCUGGAUUUGAGAGCAUGCAGUGUGCCGUCCAAGGGCCGUCUCUCUACCGCAACCAGACUUACAACAAACUGCAGAAUGUGCAGACACACUCUUAUGCCAACAGGACCAGCCAGCCCGUUGUUCCGGGGGCCGCCCAAGGAGCCACCUGCUGUCAACUGGUCUCGUCGGUCAAUUUGGCCACAGCUAAAGACUCCAAGGCGGUUGUCACCUGUGUAGUUAUUGUGUUCUCUGUAUUGCUUUGCUGCUUGCCGAUGGGGGUCUCACUGGCGCAGGACGUUUUGUCACCAAAAAGUAAUUUUGCUCACUACCAGUUUGAACUAUGUGGCUUUGUGCUGAUUUUUCUCAAGUCGGGCAUCAAUCCGUUCGUUUAUUCACGCAACAGUGCAGGCCUCCGCCGCCGCUUGCUGUGCUGCGUUCAGUGGGCCGCGCUGGGUUUUCUCUGCUGCAAGCAAAAGACCCGCCUGCACGCCAUGGGGAAAGGCAGCUUGGAAGUCAAUCGCAAUAAAUCUUCCCAUCACGAAACCAACUCUGCUUAUGUGCUGUCACCCAAGCCCCAGAGGAGGCUGGUGGACCAAGCUUGCGGGCCCAGCCAUUCAAGGGAAUGUGGCGGCAGUCCAAGAGCCACAUGUGUGCGCAAGCCUCGCCUCCCGAGUACCUCUACGCCAAUCAACACCCGCAUCGAGCCCUAUUACAGUAUCUACAACAGCAGUCCCUCUGCGGGGCCCAGCUCCCCCACCAGCCUGCAGCCUGUCAGCUCUCAGACCUUUGCCUUCGCUAAGUCCUAUGUAGCCAUGCACUACCACACUCACCAAGACGCACUGCAAGACUUUGACAGCACAUCAGUGCACCAGAUCCCCAUCCCUUCAGUCUGAUUACAGACAAGGGCUCCAGGAAUCUCACCAUGGCUUUAAAUAAAAUGUGCAUUCAAAGAAAACAUGAAAAAAGAGAUUUGUUCAUGUAUUUGGAAUUAGUAUUAAUCCUUUGUUAUUCUCUAUACUGGCAAGGCAUAUUAUCAGAAUUAAAAGCUUGUAACUAAAACCAAGCAUAAGUUUUUUUUUUCUAAUUCUCUCCCUCAACAUGACAGUUUUGAAUGGACUAAAUUCAUUUCUCACUUUUAUGGGUACAGAGUCACAUUAGUCAUCCUUUUAUGUUCUACCACGAUAUCCAUAGAGGCUUUCCUUUUCGGUUUCUGGCUAUUAUGACUCACUCAUGGCUGUCAGUGCAAUGCAGCUAAAAGUCAAUGGGUUGUUUCUGAAAGCACAUGUUAUGUGUGAACCUAAUACCAUUUUUCACAUAAUAAAUGUUUGG